GUGCUUCCCAUCUAGUUUGUAUCAGUCAAUGCUUCGUUUGUAUCAGUCAAUGCUUCGUUUGCAUCAGUGAACGUGAUCCUGUACAUAAAUGGUGACUCAAAUUGAAGCCAUUAGCUUCAAGGAAUGCAAGCAAUGAAAAUGGAAGUGCAGAUCAUUUCCAAAGAAAAUGUUAAACCAUCUUCUUCAACACCAACUCACCUAAGAACCUUCAAAUUUUCCCUUUUAGAUCAGCUCAUUCCUUCUUCAUAUGCUCCACUUGUCCUCUUCUAUCCCAUGAAUAAAAACAUCAGCAAUCUUGAUGUCCCCAGCAGAUUAAAUCUGCUCAAAGCAUCUCUAUCACAGACCUUAACUUGGUUUUACCCCUUGGCUGGAAAAAUCAAAGAUGAACUUUCCAUCGAUUGCAAUGAUGAAGGGGCUUAUUUUGUGGAAACCAGAGUGAGUUGUGGCCUCCAUGAAUUCCUUAACCAUCCUGAUCUCCUGUUAAUACAAAAACUCCUUCCACGUGAAUUCGUUGUCAAGGAAUUAGCCCCAGGAUCUUAUGUGACGAAUAUUCAAGCCAACGUCUUCAGUUGCGGUGGUGUUGCCAUUGGCAUAUGCAUUUCUCACAAGAUCUUGGAUGGUGCUGCACUAGGCACCUUUCUCAAGGGGUGGACUUCCGCUGCCAUGGGCUGCAAUGAACCAAUAUAUCCUAAUUUUAUUGCUGCUUCUCUUUUUCCUGCAAAUGACUUGUGGCUUAGAGACUCAUCAUCUACCGUGUGGGGUUCCUUGCUUAGACAGGGCAAUUGCAUCACUAGAAGAUUUGUGUUUGAUUCCUCAGCAAUAGCCAAGCUCAAAGCCCAAGCAACCAGCUCAGGAGUGAAAUGCCCCACCAGGGCUGAGGUGGUCUCAGCUUUCCUGUGGAAGUCUACCCUGGCUGCCUCCGCAGAACUGCAUGGAUUUCAGAGGCCUUCUUUACUAACCCAUCUUGUGAAUCUGCGUAAAAGAAUGGAACCAUCCUUGUCAGAGAAUUCCUUAGGAAACCUCCUGUGGAUGGCAGCUGCACGAUACACAGCAGGGUCCAAGCCAGAACUCAAUAACUUGGUAAGUGAAGUGAGGGAAGCAAUAUCAAGAAUUGAUGCUGAGUUUGUUAAGCAAAUUAAAGGAGAGGAAGGGAAUUCUGUGAUGUCCCAGUCCCUCAAGGCAAUAAGUGAAAUGGGGUCAGGAGAUGGAGUGGACUACUUUGGAUUUUCAAGCUGGUGUAACUUUGGUUAUUAUGGUACUGAUUUUGGGUGGGGAAAGCCUGUGUGGGUUAGCAGUAUUGGUUUGACAGGUUCAGUUUUUAUGAAUCUAAUCAUUUUGGCUGACACAAGGUUAGGUGAUGGAAUAGAAGCUUGGGUGACCCUAGACGAGCAAGACAUGGGUGUAUUGGAAGGCAACCCAGACCUCCUCAAAUUGGCAUUGCUGGACCCAAGUCCUUUGCUAAUUGAUGACUCAGUACAACACUGCCAUAUGUGAGAAGAUUAAUUAAGCCAAUCAGGUCUAUUCUGAUUGAUUUUCUCUCUUAUUUAAAUUAUAAAGUUGUUUAGCAGGCUAAUUGCUUGCGAAGAUGUUUACUUCAGUUAAUUAUAUGAUGAUUUGCUAAUUUAAUCAUAAAUCAAAA